UUCUCAUCAUUCUCCUUUUACAUCAUCUUAUUCCUUCUUUUCUCCCUAAGGAUCCGUUUGGCAAAAAAAAAAGAAUUGGACUGCAAUUGGUUUGUGAAAUCCCGCGCGACUUCAUUUCCGUUUCAUUUUGAAGAAAAAAGAAACUCCCCGAAAAAGGUAAAAUUCAAAUUUCCUUUCUUUUCAAAUUCCUAAACUCCACUUCCCUCCGGCCUCCAGCCCUCCACAGCUCGGCGCGCAUUAUUAGGGUUUUGCAUCCGUUCUCCGCCGCCGCGAAUGGCUCGAAAACGCCUAGCAGCUUCGUCGGCUCCGGCGCGGAGGAACAAGAGAUGUAGGCGGGAUGAACAGCCGGAGCCUGUGGAGGAGCAGACUGUGCUGAAGAAUUCCGCGCCUGACGAGGAUAUUUUUAUCGGAGACCCUGUUCCCGACGCCGAAGCUAGGGGGCGAUGGCCUCGUCGAUACGAAGGGACGAACUUAAACACAAAUGGAAGAAGCAUCAGUGAGCAGCUUGUAGAUACAAAAAUGGCUAAACGCCAUUUCUCUAUGGUAAAAGUGGAUGGAGAGAUUUAUAAUCUUCAUGAUGAUGCUUAUGUUAAAGUUAUUAAAUCACUUGACAAGUUCAUUGAGAGCAAGCGUGUUUUCUUAUCUGAAGUUAAGGAUGAUAAUCUCAUCGAUUGCCUUGUUCGAAAGUUGAAUAUAGUUUGCUUUCCUCCCAAUGAGAAUAUCAAGUCUACAGAAAGGAUUCCACUUGAGUGCGACUUUUAUUGUGAUAUGAUGUAUCAUGUACCUUAUUCAACAUUUAUAAGCUUUCCACAUGCUGAAGCUGUCAGAGAAUUGGAUUCGAUUCUGUCCAGUGAAAGUAGCACCGCAGAAAUAAAAGAACAUGUAUACGAAAACACCCUCCUUGAUUUGUAUUCUGGCUGUGGUGCGAUGUCUACUGGUUUAUGUCUAGGAGCUGUGAACUAUGGUGUUAAGCUUGUAACAAAAUGGGCAGUGGAUUUCAAUAGAGAAGCAUGUGAUAGCUUGAGAUUGAAUCAUCCAGAGACGCAGGUCCGAAAUGAAGCUGCUCAGGAUUUCUUGUGCCUUCUCAAGGAAUGGGAACACCUUUGUGUCUCUUGCUCUUUGAUAACAAGCAACUCAGCACCACAUCCUUGCUUGAAUAUUUGUAAUGAAGAAGAAGAAGAAGAAGAAGAAGAAGAAACAAGUGAUACAGACAAUGAAGUAUAUGAAGUUGAACAAGUAUUAGAAGUUUGCUUUGGGGAUCCAAAGAAAACUGGAAAGUCUGGAUUGCACUUCAAGAUACGUUGGAAAGGUUAUGGCGAAGCUGAUGACACAUGGGAACCCAUUGAGGGUCUGAGUGGUUGUGAGCAGAAAAUGAAGGAGUUCAUUGAGAAUGGGUUUAAAGCAAAUAUUUUGCCUUUGCCAGGGAGUGUUGAUGUCGUAUGUGGUGGCCCACCUUGCCAAGGAAUCAGCGGCUUCAAUCGUUUUAGGAAUAGUGAAAAUCCAUUGGAGGAUCCCAAGAACAAACAACUAGAAGUUUUCAUGGAUAUUGUGAAUUUCUUGAGGCCUCGGUUUGUAUUGAUGGAAAAUGUGGUUGAUAUUGUCAAGUUUUCAAAUGGUUUUCUGGGGAGAUGUGCGAUAAGUCAACUUGUAGGGAUGUCGUACCAGGCCCGUCUAGGAAUGAUGGUGGCUGGAUCAUAUGGGCUUCCACAAUUUAGAAUGAGAGUCUUUCUGUGGGGUGCACUUCCGGCAGAAAAGUUGCCUCAGUAUCCUCUACCAACACAUGAUGUUGUUGUGAGAGGUUUUGUUCCUAUCGAGUUUGAGUCAAAUAAUGUGGCAUAUGAUGAAGGACAUGGUCAUAGACUAAAGAAGAAGCUUCUCCUGGGUGACGCAAUCUCUGAUCUUCCUCAUGUAAAGAAUAAUGAGUCAAGAGAUGAAAUGGAAUAUGAUGAACAACCUAAGAAUGGGUUCCAGAAAUACAUAAGAUUAGGAAGAGAUGGGAAUCUGGGGCAUGUUUUGUAUGAUCACUGUCCCUUGCAACUAAAUGAAGAUGAUUAUACGAGGGUAUGUCAGAUUCCCAAACAAAAGGGGGCUAACUAUAGGAAUUUGAAAGGCGUCAUUGUCCGUGGCAACAAAGCUGAAUUGGAUCCAACAAUUGAAAGAGUAUACUUGCCUUCAGGCAAACCUCUGGUUCCGAAUUAUGCCUUGUCUUUUACCGGAGGAACUUCCACAGAGCCAUUUGGUCGGGUUUGGUGGGAUGAAACUGUGCCCACAGUUGUGACGAGGGCUCAGCCUCAUAAUCGGGCUAUUUUACACCCCGAGCAAGAUAGGGUUCUUACGGUUCGCGAAAAUGCACGGUUGCAAGGUUUCCCAGACUACUAUAAACUAAGUGGAUCAAUAACAGAAAGGUACAAACAAGUUGGAAAUGCUGUAGCUGUGCCAGUAGCACGGGCCUUGGGGUAUUCCCUAGCUAUGGCAAUCAAAGGAGAAUCGGAGGACAAAAACCCUGUGUUCUGUUUACCAGAAGGGUUUGCCGAAGUUUCUGUACCCGUCGGCCAAUAGUGUUCUGAGAUUUUUCAAUGGAAACUGGUGAGUAGGGUGUUUUUAUGAGGCAAAAUUAAUUUUAACAUUUCAUUAAAUUGAUUUAAGAGCCAAAUAUAUAUUAUUAAUGUUUGAUAUUAAUAAUAUAUAAAUUGUGAAGAGAACUUGUAUACUGCCAUCAAGAUACAAGGCUAUUCAUCAUUUCCUCUAGUGGUCAGAUUGCAGAACACUUGUUUGUAAAUGAUGAAGCCAUUUGCCUUUCAUUAUUCUGCAGAGGUUCAAUCUUAACAUCAUGUUGUUCCCCAAUGAAUAAGUUGAUUUUGC